AUGGCGCAGGCUGACAACAGCCAUGUUCCCGAAAGCCUACGUCUGAACUCGUCCACCCAACAUGGCAACGAAGAUGUGCCUGUGGGCACCCGGUCCCAUGAGAUACCAAUGGGUCUGUCGCGGCCACCCUACAAGAGCUUUGGGACCAGCCAGGACACUCUCCGCGCGACGGCGACUCCUCCGGUCGACAUCCCUGCUCCCAGCGAGUCUCCAGCCGUGCUAUCAGACUCUGAGGGUCCUACCAGUUACAUAGACCAAUAUAUGCAGGAUCGCCAUCCUUCGGUCAGCUUUAAUACCGAGAUCAAGUUGGACUCGGGACACCGUCAGAGCAUGGAAGAGCCUCUGGAGAAACCUCCAAAACCUCGAGAACGGGGCCGUACGCUGCUUCAGGCCAUGGCGGAAGCGCAGCAGUCAUCCCGCGCGCACAGUGAAUCGGAGGGUCGCACGCGCUACGAUCCCCUCACAGGCCGUCACCUACCCAAGUACUCUUCCAGCCCGCCCAGAGAACAAGCGCGCGUUGGCGAGCGUCGUUUUCCUUUGUUACAAACUACCGUCGACGCUUUGGCCAGAGAAUCGGAACCAAACUUACGUGACACAAUGUCGAUGCUGACCAGUCCCACCGUAUCCCCCGAUGAGCAAGCCGUCACUCCUCAAGACGAGGGGAAGUACUCCUUUUCUCCCAAUGUGGCUUUACCAAACGCCCAUUUCACAGGACAAGCAUUCUCCUACGAAGAACCGAAACCAUUCCGGCGUACUGCUUCGCAGAGAUGGAGGGACGGCGAAAGUAGCGCGUCUCCGCAAGACUUUUUCGCUCGCGCAGGCAGUCUGCGCAACAAGAGCAUGCGAGAGUUGGGUGGGCGGUCCUCGCGCCGGGACACCUCGGGCUCCAUCACCAGGUCGCCGAGAUCCGCAGCAUCCUCAUAUCUGCGCGCUUUUUCCAUGAGCAGUGGCACAAAUGGGGAGGCAGUUGAGGCCGGUCCACUUGCGUGCGACGCCGAAGGACAAACCAUUGGCGAUGAUUAUGUUCUUGGGAAGCAGAUAGGUUACGGCGGUUCCAGCACCAUCAAACAAGUGACACAACUGCAGGAGGGCAGACAGCGCAUUCUGGCCGUCAAGAUUGUCCGCCGCCAGAUCGACGGCAAGAGCGAGGCUGAAAAUGAGGAAGCUCAGGCCGAAUUCGAGCACGAAGUCGAACUGUGGCGUUUUCUUAACCAUCCAAAUAUCCUCCCUUUAGAAGCGGUUUACAAGUUAGAUGAUGCCACUUUCUGCUUCAUCCCACUCAACGUCGGAGGGACUCUUUUCGAUCUGGUACGCGCCAACCGGCAAGGCGUCCCACAUGAAUUGGCCAAAAGCUACUCUUUUCAUCUUGCUGCAGCCCUACGCUAUCUCCACCUCGAUGCGCGAGUCGUACACCGCGACGUGAAAUUGGAGAACUGCCUCAUAGAGCCCGGAAGCGACGGUGGUCCUGGUCUGCUCCGGCUCUGCGAUUUUGGCAUGGCAGAAUGGCUGUCCACGGACAGCAUAUCGGGGCCCCCGAGCCCCGAAUUCAAUAACGUUGACAGGCCUCCGCGAAAACCUUACGGACCCGCUGAUACAUCCACCUCAGCAUUCGCUGGUGGAAGCCUAGAGUAUGCAGCGCCCGAGAUUCUCAAAGUUGCAAACCGCAUCAAAGACCCUGGGAAUGCAGAACGCGCCAUCGUAUCGCCUGCUGUAGACAUAUGGGCGUAUGGUGUCUGCGUCUACAGCAUGGUUGUAGGCUCACGGCCGUUUCACAACGCCUUCCAACCACGCGUGGUCAUGGCGAUUUUGGCGGGAGACUGGAACCGUGCACUCUUGGCGGAGAAAGGAGGCGGUGAUGUGGAGCAGCUCGUCAGUGGCUGUCUCGAUAUGGACGAAGGCCAACGAUGGGAUAUCUCAAGAGUCAUUGAUUGUGCCUGGCUGGAGGAUUACGCAUCCUUGGACGACAGUCAGCCUGGCAUUAACGGCUGGCGACUGUGA